AGAACUGCCUGUACACUGGAAAACAAUAGAAAUAGCACAGUAGGGCAGAGUUUGAUUGUUUUGUUGUCUUGUUUUCUUUUUCAUCCGCAGUCUCAACAGGAACGAGGAUCGGUCAGUGUUUUCUGUGGGACGUACUACAAAAAAGAUAACAUUUGGGCAAAAGUGAAUGUAUCAUGCUUUGUUACCAAGCUAGUUAGCUAGCUAGCAAGCUAGCUACAUCCGUAGCGUGUGUAGCACUGCUAUCUAACUAGCUUUUCGUUCAGAGAGGGCUAGAGAAUCAGCUGUUAGCCAAAGAGCUACUUUUAAGAGUUUCAAAAGUUAGCUGGCUGAAGUUCUUCUGUGUUUAAAAUGGAUGGGUGUAUGUACUGUAGAAGGUGGUUGUAUUGAACUCCGAGGACACAGCGGAUUUUUUUAAAUUUUGUUGAGUGAGUGCAUAAGUAUCCACCGAGUCUUUAAAAUAUCUUACUGACUAUUGCCAGAUCAAACUUCUGAGCUAGGGACUCCGAAGAGUUUUCUUUUGGCAGUUAGCAGCUUGCUAACUAACAAAGCUCGUCUUGUUGUCUGUUUAACUUUUUAGUUUAUGCACAGGUGUUUUCUACACUUGCGUAUUCGUGCUAACAUGUUUUAAUAACUUCUUUAUUCGAGUUUGUUCUCGAGCAGUUUCGUCAGCAAAUUCGGUGGGUGAAAGUUGGAAGUCAGGGUGCUUCUGAGCUCUUGGUUUAGGAUUGCGCACAGCUCUAUGUUUAGGAGACCUAUGUUGCUGUUUUACCUUUAGCAGUUUGUUUGCGACCAGGUCCAACACUACUUAUAUGAUCUAAUAGGUGGAUUUGUUGAAAUUGAUUCAUUAUGCACUGUAACGUUGACUAACACCUCCGUCUUCGACUGUGAAUUGAUUUCACUGUUGAUCGGUGGUGAAGUGUUAUGAUUUAUAGUAAGUUAUUGGUGAACGGGGUACUUUAAAGACUGAGAUUGAGCGUUUAGGAGUUUUUAAUUGAAGUAGUUGGCAGUUAGUAGAAGGGAGGUGUAGAGUAUUUACUGGCAAGACACUGCGAGAGUAUUUUGUACCCAUAGUUUUCGAAAAGUUAACGUUACACGCUUAUGUAGUAAGGUAUUUAAUUAUGGGAACAUGUAACCUGUGUUGUCAGGAAAAGGCACUCGGUUAGAGUGCAGUUUCUUUUAAAAUCGCUUUUUAUACAGAGUACAAAGGACUCGCAGUGAAAGCGACAAAAAUGGUGGCAGUCGUGUGUGUUUUGUAAAAGGCAGGGGGUAGAGACACCCACUCAGUGAAGAAGCACAUUCCGCAUUAAAAGUUGCUUGUAUCCGGAGCACCGAAAUCCAAGCCCCGGCGAUUAAGAACACGAUCAUUGAUGAUGGCGGAUUUUGUCAUGCCGCGGCAUAGCGCGGUGAUGGAACGUUUACGCCGUCGAAUCGAACUCUUCCGACGGCACCACGCCAGCUGCGAGAACCGAUACGACAACACGGCCAUGGAGCGACUGGAAAUGGAAAGGCCGCAGACCCUUGCGCUGCAUCAACGGUGCCUGCAGACCAAGGCCAAACGGUCGAGUAAGCACAGACAGCCGCAGCCGACAUCCGAUCAAACGACUCCAAGAAGCUCCGGAACCGGAGGAGGCAACGCGGAGCUUGUCGACAGCGGGACGCCUGGAGAGCCAAGCAGAAACAGCACUUUAAUUGCGCUGCAGGAGACGGUGAAGAGGAAGCUGGAGAAUGCCGGUUCGCCGCUGGGCCGAGACCCCAUCAACGGCUUCGGCGACGGCGGCGGCGGCGGCGGCUACCCGCCCUCCAAGAAGUCCUGCAUGGAGGACUCGAUGGGCGGCCUCAACGGCGGCUCCAACGGCGGCAUGCCGCCCCUGUCGCCGCUGGACAGCAAGCACGGCAUCAGCGUCGACGCGCUCACGCGCAACGGCACGCACGGCACGCACGGCACGCACGGCACGCACGGCGGCGGCGUGGAGCAGAACGGCACGGGGUUGGGUGGCGGGGACGGCGUGGGCGGCCGGGGCUCGGAGCAGGACAUGCGUCUGCUGAAGGAGCUGAAGCAGGAGCCCAUGGACGAGCUGCUGCCCACGCCGGGGGGCACCGGCGGCAACAACAGCCUCUUCCCCGACCUCAACCUCAACGAGCAGGAGUGGUCCGAGCUCAUGGAGGAGUUCAACCGCUCGGUGGACUACGAGGACAUCAAGGACAUCUUCAACGACGCCCUGGAGAACGGCAAGGACCCCGAGCUGCCCCCUACCGGACCGCGGCAAACCUCAUCCCAGCAGCAGCAACAACAACAGCAGCAGCAGUCCAACCUGCUGCCGCCAGACCUGGCCAACAUCAAGACGGAGUUUCCCCACGAGCCGCGCACCUCCUCUCCCCACAUGAGGCCCACUCCGUCUGGGCCGAGCCUACACACCAGCUCCCCCAUCGCCGGAGCCUCUGGUGCCUCCGCCGCUUCCUCCCCGGCCCUACCGGGGCCCCCGCAGCAGCAGCAGCAGUCCCAGGCUCAGGUGCCGCCUCAGGGCCAGCCGUCCCGGCAGCUCCAGCCCAACCACCUGAUGGCGGGCCCCCCCAAGGACCUGUCCCCGGCCCAGCAGCUCCAGCAGCUGGCUGCCCGCGAGCAGCAGAGGGCCCAGAUGAUGCAGAGCCAGCAGCAGCAGCAAGUGCAGAAGCAGCAACAAGUACAGAAACAGCAACAGCAUCAGCAACAACAUCAGCAACAACAACAACAACAACAACAACAGCAACAGCAACAGCAACAACAACAACAACAGCAGCAGCAGCAACGAAAACAACAGCAGCAGCAGCAGCAACAAGCACCCAAGUUCCACGCGCCCACCAACCAUCCCUCGUCCUGGCCCACCCAGACGGCACCCCCAACCCAGAGCCCGCUGGGGGGCUCCGUGUACGGGCUGGAGAAGCCCACCAGCCCCUCCCUGUACCCGCAGGACUUCCCCAACCCCAAGGCCAAAGCGGGGCCAAACGCUGGGGGUUACAUGCAGCCUGGCGGGCACCCCGGCCUGAUGGGCCACCCGCCUCCGGGGGCUAUGGGGCACCCCCAGGGUGGCCCAGGAGGACCCCAGUCCAUGCCGGACUACAGCAACACCAAACCCCUCAGCCACUUCGAGGCCGCGGCCCAAGUGGCUCCCCAGGGGCCCAAUCGCAAGGCUGUUUUGCUCUCCUUAAUGAGACAGCAGCAGCAGCAGCAGCAACAACAACAACAGCAGCAACAGCAACAGCAAGUCAUGAAGCAGAAGGCAGGGCUCCCCUUCAGACCAACGCAUAUGCCACAUCCACAGGACCAGGGAUCCUACCCUUCGGCGCCUCACGUCCCCGGCCCCGGCAACGCCAUGGCCAACCAGCCGGGGGGUAACCCCAUGGCGGGUAACCACGGCAACGCGGCCUACCUGAGCGGCCAGGCGGCCCAGGCCCAGGCCCAAGCCCAGCUCAAGCAGCAGCAGAUGCUGAUGGAGCAGCAGUACAUCAGGCAGCAGCAGCAGCAGAGGCAACAGCAGCUGAUGGCUGGAGAGCAGGAGAAACAGCAGCAGCUCCAGAGGCACUUGACCCGGCCUCCGCCUCAGUAUCAAGACCAACAGAAUCAGCCCGCCAAUCAGAACCCAUUCCAGCAGACGCAGGUGUCCCAGUUCCCAGGUUCGUCUCAGCCAAUGGGUAACGUGAACCCCCUGGGAGGCCCCGCCCCCGGUGCCCAGCGCAUGUUCCCCCAGAACCAGGCCAUGAUGGCGAUGGCCGGCGUGGGUCAGGGUGGUCCCGGCCCCUCCCCAGGAGCCCCGACGGCCGGCAGCCAGGCCGACAUGAGCCUGUCGUCGUGCGUGGGCGGCGUCGGCGGCGGCGGCAUGGACGUGCUCUACGGCAACAUGCCCAUGCACCCGUCGCAGCACCCGGCCCAGCAGAGGCCCGGCGUCGGCGUCGGCGUGGGCGUGGGCGGCAUGCCCGGCCCGUUCCGCCAGAACCUUCUGGCCCAGCAGCAGCAGCAGCAGCAGCAGCUCCUCAAGAGCCAGCCCAACGCCGCGCUGCUCAAGCAGCAGCAGCAGCAGCAGCAGCAGAUGCAGGCACGGCUGCCCAGCAACAUGGCCGGCCCCAUGGCCAACAGCAUGAACGCCGCCAUGCCCGGAAGCAUGCAGGGCGGCAUGCCCACGCAGACGCAGUCCUGGCAGCAGCAGCAGGCUGGCAUGCAGCAGGGCAUGGGUGCCCAGGCCUCUUCCAGCAACGGCGGGAUGCCCGCGGGCUUCCCCAGCCAGGGCUUCCACAUGCAGCCGCGCAUGCCCAAGAUGCCCACCAGCGGCCCGUUCGGGCAGCCCGGGGGCAUGGGCGGCCGGGCCAUGGCGGGCAUGAACCCGGGGCAGAUGAUGGCCGGCAUGCCCCAGCAAAGAACCAACAACCCCUCGCUGGGGCAGCAGCAGGGCCAGCCGGGGCAGCAGCAGCAGCCGGGGCAAGCGCAGCCUCCGCCCCAGGCCCAGCUGCCCGACCUGUCGGCCUUCGGGCAGCCGCAGCCCGGCGGCGUGCCCAACCGCACUGCGGGCAUGCCCUGCGGCCAGGGCUACCAGGUCAGCAGGACGUCCGGCCAGCAGCUGCCGUUCGGCUACAACCCGGCCCAGUCGGGCGCCAGCCUGCCCAGCUUCCCGGGCGAGAGCGACCUGGUGGACUCGCUGCUGAAGGGCCAGGCCACGCAGGAGUGGAUGGACGACUUGGACGAGCUGCUGGCCAGUCACCCGUGAAGGGGGGCAGGGGCAGGAGGCAGGGGGUGCCGUGGGGUCCUAUUGUAAACUGCCUCUCAAAGGAGGCGGGGGGGGGGGGUGGCAGCUCUGCGGACAAACGUGGUCAGUGACUGCCCGGCGUGAACACCUACCCCUUCCACCCCAUCCCAUUUUUACACGCAAUCUGCCCUCCGUGAAAUUAUCUACGUGCUUCUGAGAUUGGACUCUUAAUCUGCCUGAGAAACCCCCUCGAUGGACUGCCUUCAGCUAAAGCAUUUGUGUAUG